AGCUAACGGCAGACGACAAAAGGAGGGGAAUGAUGAAUUCGGACAAUUUAACCUCCCAAAGCUUCCUCUCUGCAAUUCAUAGCAAUGCCAGCAAUUUAUUCUCAGGACUCCAGUUUGUUCAGACCUUCAAGCCACUCAUCAUCCCCUGCUACUCGCUAGUGGUUUUUAUUGGUGUCAUCGGGAAUUACCUUCUCAUUUAUGUUAUCUGCAAGACAAAAAAAAUGCACAACGUCACCAACUUUCUGGUAGGCAACCUGGCUUUCUCAGACAUGCUAAUGUGUGCGACCUGCGUACCCCUGACCCUGGCGUACGCCUUUGAGCCCAGAGGAUGGGUGUACGGGCGUUUCAUGUGCUACUUCGUUUUCCUGAUGCAACCCGUCACUGUGUUUGUGUCUGUCUUUACCUUGACGGUCAUAGCUGUGGAUAGAUACUAUGCCAUGGUGUACCCAUUCCGCAGGAGGCUCACGAUCCCUAUUUGUGCUUAUAUCCUGGCUGCUAUUUGGCUGCUGAGCUGUACCUUGGCUGCCCCAGCCUUGGUCCACACUUACCACGCAGAGUUCCCAGAACUGGAUUUCUCCAUCUGCGAGGAGUUUUGGUUCCACAUGAAAAGAGAUCGCUUAGCUUAUGCCUACAGCACUCUCAUCAUCACCUACGUCCUGCCUUUGGCUGUCAUCUCCCUGUCCUACCUGAGAAUCUCAGUCAAGCUGAAAAACCGUGUGGUCCCAGGCAACGUCACCCAGGGCCAAGCUGAGUGGGACCGAGCGAGGAGAAGGAAGACUUUUCGCUUGCUGGUCUUAGUGGUGGCAGCCUUCGGAGUCUGUUGGCUACCUCUGCACAUCUUCAACAUGAUAAAAGACAUAGACAUCAGCUUGAUUGACAAGCAGUACUUCAAUUUCAUCCAGCUGCUGUGCCACUGGUUUGCAAUGAUGUCUGCCUGUACCAAUGCCUUCCUCUAUGCCUGGCUCCACGACAGCUUCAGGGGGGAGCUGAAGAAAAUGUUUACCUGGAGAAAGAAAAAAAUUGGACCUACUACAAAUUGCAUUAUGGCCAGUGUGGUGCUGUAAAUGAGAGCUGGUGGGAGUG